UUAUCUUUUCUGUCACGUGUAAAAUAAUAAGUAAAACUCAGCUUUAUCGGGGGAAAGAAUGAAACAAAAAAAAAAAAAACCAUGUACUCGUAACUCAUCCUCCUAUUUAAACCCCUAAACCAGAUGGAUCCACAAGCCCCAAAAUCCAUCACCAUUUCCAGUCAAUCUCCUCAUUGGACUCCUCUACCUUCGGCCAAGACCACCAAAAUCUCAAAAUGGGGACGACCCAUUUCCCCACCGGAGCGUCAUGUUUCGCACUCCAGGUGGUGAAAGGCCGAUGGUUCAGCGUUUUCGCCUCCUUCCUAAUCAUGUUCGGUGCAGGAGCCACCUACCUCUUCGGAGUCUACUCCAAGCAGAUUAAGGCCACUCUCGGUUACGACCAGAAGACCCUCAACCUCAUCGGCUUUUUCAAAGAUCUUGGAGCCAACGUCGGAGUUUUCUCUGGCCUCAUUGCUGAGGUCACCCCCACCUGGUUCGUCCUCCUCAUCGGAGCAGCCAUGAACUUCGCCGGCUACUUCAUGAUCUUUCUUUCCGUCGCUGGAAAAAUCCCGAAACCCAAAGUCUGGCAAAUGUGUCUCUACAUCUGUAUUGGAGCCAACUCGCAGAAUUUCGCUAAUACUGGAGCUCUGGUCACCUGCGUCAAGAAUUUCCCUGAAAGCAGAGGAGUCAUGUUGGGUCUUUUGAAAGGCUUUGUGGGACUGAGCGGUGCUGUUAUGACUCAGAUCUAUUUUGCCAUUUAUGGGGACGACUCUAAAUCUCUGAUUCUCCUUAUCGCUUGGCUUCCCGCGGCGUUGUCUGUGGUUUUUGUCUACACCAUUCGGAUUAUCGAGCCAGAGAAGAGAAAGGGUUCGAAUAAGGAUGAGCUUAGAGUCUUUUACCAUUUUCUCUACGUUUCUAUCUUUAUGGCUUUGUUUAUUAUGGCUAUGAUUAUUGCUCAGAAACUAAUCCAGUUUCCCAGAGCCGCUUAUGCUGGGAGUGCAACUGUUGUUUGCGUUUUGCUCUUUGUACCUCUUUUAAUCGCCAUUAGAGAAGAGCGUCACCUCUGGAAUCUCAGAAAACAGAUCCCCGGCCUUCCUUCUCAGAUCCUUUUCGAAAACCCUAAAGAGGUAAAGCCCGUUUCUUCUUCUUCUACUAGUACAGAGAAAAAGCGAUACCAGAUUCAGAAUCAAGAGAGUCCCAAAGCGAAAUCUUGUUUUUUAACCGUAUUCGACCCCCCACCCAGAGGAGAAGACUACACCAUUUUACAAGCUCUCUUAAGUGCAGACAUGCUCAUCCUCUUCCUCGCGACGCUUUGUGGACUCGGUUCGAGUUUGACCGCCGUUGACAACCUGGGUCAGAUCGGCGAAUCACUGGGCUACCCAGCUCAUACCGUGAGUUCAUUCGUCUCCCUUGUCAGUAUUUGGAACUAUUUCGGCCGUGUCUUUUCUGGAUUCGUUUCUGAAAGCCUUUUAGUCAAAUACAAGGUCCCACGGCCAUUGAUGAUGACAUUUGUUCUUCUCCUCUCAUGCAUUGGUCAUCUCCUCGUAGCAUUUCCCAUUCCUGGUUCGGUCUACAUCUCUUCGAUCAUAAUCGGGUUCUCAUUCGGAGCCCAAUUGCCCCUGCUUUUCGCCAUAAUUUCAGAGCUUUUCGGGCUCAAAUAUUACUCCACAUUGUUCAAUUGUGGGCAGUUGGCGAGUCCCCUGGGUUCGUAUAUCCUCAAUGUUAAAGUCGCUGGAGCACUUUACGAUAGAGAAGCAUUGAAGGAGCUGGCAAGAAAAGGGUUGGAUCGGAAUUCGGUGGAGGAGUUGGUCUGUGUUGGGAAACAGUGUUAUAGGUUGUCGUUUUCAAUUUUGGCUAUCGUUACGUUCUUUGGAGCUGUGGUUUCGUUGGUUUUGGUGUAUAGAACGAAAGAGUUUUAUAAAGGUGAUAUUUAUAAAAAGUUUAGAGUGUCGGACGAAGGUGAGAUUGAGAUGAAAGUUGAGGAAAAGGGUUUGACUAAUAUGUCUUCUACUGUUGUCAACGGUCGGUGCUGAAGAAGACUUUGAUGAUGAUAUAUAUUUUUUACAUAGUCGAUUGCUCUCUUUACGGAAAGGAAGAUUAAGAAAGAGAAGGUAUAAACUUAGAAACACAGAAAUUCCAGAAAGGAUGAGAAUUAUGAAACUUUAAAUAGCUUUUGGUUUUUUCCUUUUUGUUUUUUUUUCUUUUUCACUGUAAUAGAAAAUGACAGUUAUCUAUUCUAUAGGCGUAUUUCGUUUUGCUGUUUGUGCAUAUUUCUCGGACUCACGGGUUGGGAGCCUUUAACCUUUUGACUUUUGUGACCAUGUGAAUACCAUGGAUGGACUCAUCACGGUUCCUUGUCGUUUAGUAAUGAUUAAGCUUAUGUUAACGCGGAUGUUACAAUUGCUAUACUACAAUCGCUUUGUAUUUA